CUAGGAACCCGGAAGUAGGCAACGGGUAUCCAUGGAAACGCCGACGGACAAACUUUGCGUUGAGUUUCUGCAGAAAACAUGUCUGCGGGUAGCGACUACAGCAAGUACGACCUGGCGCGACUGCAGGCAGAACUCGAGCAGGAGAGAGAAAUGGGAGAAAUGCUUGAGGAGUCGGUGUCUGACCUGCGGAGUACCAUGUGUGAGCUGCAGGAAAGACUGCACAGCGUUGAUGGGGAAGAAAAUGAGUGGAAGACGAGGUAUGAGACACAGAUCGAGCUAAAUGGACAGUUGGAGAGACAGAUGUCGCUCAUUCACGAGAGACUGGAGGACCUAAGAGGAAACCCCAUGGAUCGGUUGGCGUCCAUCCGGUCUUACGAUGACAUGCCAGUUCAGAGAGAGCCAGAGAGACGCAGAGUGGACACACUGAAACAGCGCCUGAAGCUCCUGACCGAGGAGAAGUCCGACCUGCAGAGUCAGCUGAUGGACUGCCAUCUCGGGAUCGAACAGGAGGGAAAGGCGUUUCAUAAAACCAACGAUGAGAGGCGGGCGUACCUUUCAGAAAUUGCAAAGCUUUCCUCCACCCUUGAAGGCCAAAGAAGACAGUACUCCACCCAGCCACAGAGGGCACCAGAGAGCAAGCAGAGGAGAGGGAAGCAGGCCAGCAGGAAGUCAGAGGCUGACUCGAAGAAAGGCAAAGAGAGAGAGGACGAUGGAGGAGAUGGAGGAGGAGGAGGAGGGGUGCGUGUGAAAGGAGGAGGAGGUGGUGGUGUUGGAGCAACAGCUGAGCGAAGAGAAGAGAAGAAAUCCCAAAGGGGAAGCAGGUUACCCACCCUGAAGCACUACCUAAAGCACAAUCCCUAACCUCAACCUGGUGUCACAGCCUAUUUGUUUGUUUUUUUUAUAAAGAUGUUACUCCAUUGUACUUUCUA